AUGUCACUCAAGCCUAUCAAGAUCUACGACCAUGGUCCGAGCCCCAACCCCUGGAAAGUGGUCAUUGUGCUAGAGGAGCUCGGUAUUCCAUACACCAGAGAGCAUGUUGAUUUCGCUGUCAUCAAAAAAGAGCCCUUCAUCUCGGUCAAUCCGAAUGGUCGAGUGCCCGCCAUCGAAGAUCCCAAUACCGGAUUGACGCUGUGGGAGUCUGGUGCUAUUGUUGAAUACCUCGUUGAGACAUAUGACACGGAGCACAAAAUCAGCUUCGAAAGAGGCUCAGCAGAUUACUUUCUCGCGAAACAAUGGCUUCAUUUCCAGGUGUCGGGCCAAGGGCCUUACUUCGGCCAAGCAGUGUGGUUUACACAUCAGCACCCGGAGAAGAUCGAGAGCGCCACCGAGCGCUAUAUCAAAGAGAUUCGGCGUGUUUCUGGAGUCCUAGACAAUUUUCUGCAAGACAAGCAAUAUCUCGUAGGAGAGAAGUUCAGCUAUGCGGACUUGUCAUUCAUCCCUUGGUACUUGAUCAUGGAUUGGUUCAAAAUCGAUUUGGCGCAGGAGUUCCCCAAAUUGAAUGCAUGGCUGGAGCGACAGCACGCUCGCCCUACGAUCGCGAAGGUGAUAGAAACACGAAGCAAAGAGCCAUUUGAAUGA